AUGUCUACUUGGUCACUUUCUCUCUCUCUUUUUCACACACACAAACACACAAAAAUCUCUGUCUGUCUGUCUGUCUCUCUCUCUCUGUCUCUCUCUCUCGCUCGCUCUCUCUCUCUCUCUCUCUCUCUCUCUCUCUCUCUCUCUCUCUCUCUCUCUCUCCUUUCAGAUUUUUCUUCUCUUAUUCUUUAUUAUUCGCCAUCUUUUCUUUUCUUCCCUUUACUUUUUAUCUUCUUCUUCCACUCUUUUUUCUCCUUUCUUUUUCUUUUAAUUUUCUUCUUUUAUUCUUCGAAUUCGUCCCCCCACCUUCUCUUUCUUUCUUUCUUUCUUUCUUUCUUUCUUUCUUUCUUUCUUUCUUCUUCUUCUUCUUCUUCUUUCUCUUCAACCAGUUUUCUUCUACUUCUUCCAUCAAGUCCUUCACCUUCAGUGACCAUUGCACAAUUAAAGUUUACCGUUUGCCAUUUCCUUCUUUCUUUCUCUCUGUUCAUAUCUAUCUAUCUAUCUAUCUAUCUAAGUCUGCUCAUAUCUAUCAGUUUAUCUCAGUCUGCUCAUAUCUAUCUACCUAUCUAUAUUUCUAUCUAUCCAUCUAAUCUCUUCAUACAUAUCUAUCUAUCUAUCUAUCUAUCUAUCUAUCUAUCUGUCUGUCUGUCUGUCUAUCAGUCUAUUUUAUCUAUCUAUCUAUCUAUCUAUUUAAGUCUAUUCAUAUUCUUCAUUUGUCUUUUUCUUCUUCUUCCUUCUUCUUCUUCUAUCUAUCUCUCUAUCUAUCUAUAUUUUUGUAUGUUUGUGUAA